AUAUAUGGAUUAUCUCAAAAUCCGAUUACAAAAGAAUAUAUAAUAGUCCUUGAAUAUGCAGAAGGUGGAAAUUUUAAUAAAUGGAUGAAUAAUAAUUUUAAAAAUUUUUCUUGGCCAUACAAAAUAAUUACAUUACUUAAUAUCAGUAAUGGCCUCAAAGAGAUUCAUCAAAAACGAAUAUUUCAUCGUGAUUUACAUUCAGAAAAUAUAUUGUUUUUUACAAACAGUAUAAGCAGUAUCAACAUUUUUGGUGAUAAUAUAUUUAUAUCAGAUAUGGGAUUAUGUGGCGAAGUUGAUAAUACAGAUAAAACAAAGAUUUAUGGAGUUAUGCCCUAUGUUGCACCAGAAGUACUAAGAGGAAUACCAUAUAGUCAAUCAGCAGAUAUAUACAGUUUUGGUAUGAUUAUGUAUUUUGCAGCAACUGGGAGACAACCUUUUACUAAUUGUGCUCAUGAUAAGCUUCUAGCAUUAGAUAUAUGCAAUGAAAUUAGACCUGAAAUUAAUGAGCAAGAAGCACCAAAAUGCUAUAUUGAUUUAAUGAAAAAGUGUUGGGAUUCAGAUCCAAAAAAUAGACCAAAUUCUACUAUAAUAUAUAAAUCAUUUUUACAAUUUCACAAGGCGUAUAAAGGGAAUAUUUUAAUUACAGUAAUAAAUGAUGAAGAAAUAGAAAUAAAAAAACAAUUUGAGGAAGUGGAAUCAUAUAGAAUAGUUAACCAAUUAUCAAAUGAAAAUGAUCAAUCAACUAUUCAUCCACAAGCAAUUUAUAUAUCCCGAUUGCUUAAUUCUUUUACCAAAGAACUUCCAAAAUAUAAUGAUAAUAAUUCUGAAUGUUUAUCCUGUGAGAUAAAAUAAAUGAUUUAUUUUACUAAGAUACAUUAUUCUUAUAGCAGAUAAGUAGGAUAUUAGUAUUUAAAUUAUAGUAUUUUUUUUCUUUUCAUUUUGU